GAAUAUAUUGUUUGCCCCCCUUCUCUCCCACCUUCCUAAAACAUGGCCGCCCCCAUGGCUCUCAGACGACAAUUGUUUGAUCUUACAAGGAUACUUGGAGGAAUCUCACAUUUGGGACCCAGGGCUGUGGGUGCCUGCUCAGGUCACAGGCCAUGUAAUAUAAUCAGGUCCCGUCUCCCAUUGGCAUCCAGCACUUCCUUCCACACGACAACAGUGUUUUCAUCUACGCCUUCAUCGAUCACCGUCACAGAAGAGGCCGACACACUGUUUCAGAAGGUCUCACUGUUGGUCAAAGGUCAUGACAGAUCUGUGUUGGACAGCUAUGAGUUGUUUGCCACUAUGGCCGCUAAAGAGCUGAACAUCACCAUCAACGAAGUUCAUGAACAUCCCAAGGACAUGGAUAGGUUCACACUCCUAAAGUCGGUUCACAUCUUCAAAAAUCACAGGGUCCAGUAUGAGAUGAGGACACACUACCGGUGCAUUGAGCUGUCUCAUAUAACAGGCUGCACAGCACAGGUAUACCUUGAAUACGUCCAGAGGAACCUCCCUGAAGGUGUAGCCAUGGCGGUGACAAAGACCGCCAUGGAGAAGGUUCCAGAUCACAUCCUUGAACCUAUGUGGGAGGACCACCCCAUUGAUGACAAGCUCAGCCAGUGAUGAGCAAUGGAUGCUUAUUAGAUGUGUUUUCUCCAGAAGACGUGAAAAAUCUACAAUGUUAGCAUAUGGUUGUCAGAUCCGUGAACUGCUCAUCAUAUAGUCUUCAACUUGUCAUCAAUACGGAGUUGAACACGACAGAAAAGGGGCAGCUAAGGAACUUUCAUUCAUCAUAUCAACAUCUAACAGUCAUUUACUGCCAGUUGCAUGUGUUGUCUUUUUUCGUGGCAAAAAAGUAUGGAAUAUAUUGUUUGUUUUUUCUUCAAUUAAUAAAUUCUGCAUUUAAUAACUAA